AUGCGUGAUGCUGGCUUUCGGAAGCACGUCCGUUCACGCUCCCGCCGCUGCUCAUUCCUCUGUUCUUCCGUGCUCCCCUCUGCCUCUCCUGCAGCCCUACGGGCGGACCCACCCGCCGGUCGUCGAGAGGUGGUUGGACCGCCGAGGAGCGAAAAGUGUGCCGCAAAGGUGAUAGCGUCGGAUGUGUGUAACAUCGUGUUAACGGCUUGCUGUUGCUUUCGCCUGCGAUCCGAUCUCCCCUCCCCACCCGGUUCGCUACCAGCGGAGUUCUUCCCCGACCGCACGGACGUGCAGUGCCUGCACCGAUGGCAGAAGGUGCUCAACCCCGACCUCGUGAAGGGUCCCUGGACCAAAGAGGAGGACGAGCGCAUAACGGAGCUGGUGGCGCAGUACGGCGCAAAGAAGUGGUCGCUCAUCGCGCAGCACCUGCCGGGGCGCAUCGGCAAGCAGUGUCGCGAGCGGUGGCACAACCACCUGAACCCGGGCAUCAAGAAGGAGGCGUGGGGCGAGCACGAGGACGUGCAGCUCAUCAAGGCGCACAAGCUCUUCGGCAACAAGUGGGCCGAAAUCGCCAAGUUCCUGCCCGGCAGGACGGACAACUCCAUCAAGAACCACUGGAACAGCUGCAUGAAGAAGCGCGCCGAGCUCUGCACUCUCGCGGACCUCCUCGCGCUUCCGCCGUCACCCGGGCUCCCCGAAAUCCCCAUCUCCGCGGAAGUGCUGCAGGCCGCGCGCGAGGGGAAGCCGCUUCCGCCCAUCGGCGGAGACGGCGUCUGCGGGAGCGGGAGCGGGGGAGAGGAGGAGGAGAAUGGAGGGGAGGAGGUUGAUGACGAUGCGGAAGCGGAGGAGGGGGCGAGAGGGGCCGAGGUUAAAGGGAAGGGUAAGGGGAAGGAGCGGGUGGGGGAGAGGGAGAACGGAGGGUCGCAGCAGGGGGAGGAGCAGAUGGAAGUGGCGGUGGGCAUGCCUGCGCUGCCCCGAGGCCACUUUCAGGGGAACGUUCAGGUGCUUCCGCAGCAGGUGGUGGUGAAGCUAGAGAUGAUGGAAGAGCAACGUCGGCAGCAACAACGGGAGCAGGAGCAACAGCAACAGCAGCAACACGACCAGCAGCAGCAGCAGCAGCAGCAGCAGCAGCAGAGAGCUUAUCCAACUGUGUCUGGCAGUCGUCCAGGCGUGUCGUUGUCCCGUCCCUCACCAUCCGACGCCAUCCCAAACCCCUCUUGCACGCCUCGCUCCGCCGCCGCCCCCAGUCCGGCUCAGCCUUCCGCCAGCGCGGGUGCCAGCCCCCCCGCGUCCCCGGAGAAACACUCCGCCCCCUCCGCGCGCCUGUCCCUUUCCGGACCUCCUGCUGCUCGCCCCGGCCAAGCGCCAGUGGCGAGCGGCCCCAAUCCCAUGUCCAGCGGCUCACAGAGAGUGAGCGGCGCCCCUCUGCGCGCAUGCAGUGCGCCUCAGGCGCAGGCGCAGCCCCAGCCCCAGACGCAGGGGCCGGCGCAGACGCAGGCACAGGGGCAGGCGCAGGUCCAGCCAAUGGCGCCGGGCGUACACCUGACGAGCGGCCGCUGUCGUGUGGGGCCCACCAGCCGCACCAUCACGCUGCUAGGCGGCAGACUGCCGUCCGCCCUGGCGUGCUCUCCCGAAGAGAAAGGACCCCGCCCUGAUGGGGAUGAGGAUGGCGAUGGUGGCAGUGAUGCUAGCGCUGACGUGGCACACGGUGGAGUGGCAAUGCAGGGCGUGGGGCAGCAGGGUGCCGUGGUGCAACAGGGGGCCAUGCCCCCAGCCAUCGCAAAUGCCCCCCGCUGCGCCAGCAUGCCCGCCAGCAGCGCCGCGCCCCCCCAUCCCCCCACCAGUUCCGGCCCCCCGCUCGCACUGGGCUCCGCGCUUCUGUCUUCUGGCCCCAGCCAGCAGCAGGCGUACCUGCCUCAGCAGCAAGGGCCCAUGCCGCACACAAGCUCCACGUGCGCACCUCAGCAGCAGCAGCAGCAGCAGCAGCAGCAUCAGCAGCGCCAGCAACCGCCGUCACAGCCUAUGUAUUAUCAAAGCCAAGGGCAGCAAGCAUUUCAACCACGGCAGCAGCAACAACAGCAGCUACUGCAGCAGCAGCAGCAACAGCAGCCACCGCAGCAGCAGCAGCAGUAUCAGAACGGGCCAAUGCCACCAUGGCAGCAGCGGGGCCUCCAGAUGCCAUCCUGCCCUCCCCCUCCUCCUCCUCCCCGCGCCCCUCCACCACACUCCAUCAUCGCCCCCUCUUCCUCCGCCUACGCGCCCACACCCGCCCGCUCACCACCACCACCGCCGCCACCAGCUUCGGCUGCCUUCACUGCCGGCCCCACGCAGCCCCAGUACGGCCAGCAGCCCCGCUGCCGCUGCCCCAUGCCCCACCCUGCCUGCACUCCCUGCUGCCCUCCUCCUCCUGCUCCUGCCCCUGCUUCUGCUGCUCGCCCUGCUCUCUCCUUGCCAUCGGCCUACUCCACAGGUCCACUGCACGUGCAUCAGCAGCAACAGCAGCAACAGCAGCAACAGCAGCAACAGCAACAGCAGCAGCAUCAACAGCAACAACAGCGACCUGUUCACAUAGCACCUCAAACCGCACCGCCAGUCCCAGCACCAGCACCACCAGCAGCAGCUGCAGCAGCAGCAGCAGCCCCAUCCCUGUUGUCCGUGCCUCUCAUGCCCACUCAGGCACCAGCAGCAACACCGGUGGCACCAGCGUUAUCCGCACCACCAGCACCAGCCUCAACAGCGGCAGCAGCAGCAGGACCACCUCGAGUUGCCCCUGCUGCUAACACUCCCUCUCCGCCCCCCGUUGCUAUGCUAGCAGGCACCAAACCCCAAAUCCUUCCAGGCAGCCGAAACUCUGUAACGGGUGGCAGCAACGCUGUUCCAGGCGGUACCACAUUGGCAGGCGACGCUGCAGCACAAGGGCGUGCAGCAAGCCGUGCAGGCGGAGCCUGGGAGUCCAGGGCGGAAGUGAAGGCGGAGAGUGACGGCAUGCGAGGGCGCGAGGGGGCGGAGGAGGAGGAGGCGGCAGCGGUGCAGCGGCUGCUGAGUCUGGACGGGGCGGCAGCAGAGCCGCUGUUCCAAGCAGCGGAGCAGGCAGUGCAUGAGUACCAUGCGACUCAGGGCUUCCAGGGCAGUCAGGGCGGCCUUGCAUGCGAGGCUGGAUCCGCGGUGACUGAUGCAGGAGCGACUGGCUCCACCACCACCGCUGCCGCCGCUGCUGCUGCCGCUGCUGCGGAUACUCCCACUCCUGCGUCUGCUGCGGCUGUUGCAGCAGCAGCAGCAGCAGCAGCAGCAGUGCCGGGGCUGGUGACGGUGGAGAGGGCGGUGGAAAGGGCGGUGGACGAUUCGCUCUUCUACGUGCCGCCGCAGCUGGACCACCUCGAUGCUGCGCCCUCCACUGCUGUCUCCUCCGCGCCCCCUCCCCUCGUGCCGCUGCCCCCCCUCUUCGACUCGUUCCUCCUCAGCCCCACCACCGGCCCCGCCCUGCCUGCCUCACCGCAAAUCACCGCUCUCAACCUCCCCUCCUCCUCUGCGCAGCCCUUCUCCUCGCCUCUCGGCCUGCGCCAGAUGCUACCUCCUCUGCCGUCCACCGGCUGCCAGACCCCCAGGCAGAUGCAGCCUGCCGCGCCCUCAGCGGGCUGUCAGACGCCAGUGAACGCCAUCUUCUCAGGCCUCUCGCCCUUCCUCUCGGGCCGCAGCCCCCCCUCGUGUGCUGCCUCGCUGUCCAUGUCGUGCCUGCUGCUCAGUGCUGGCCGCUCCCUGGACGGCCCUCCUUCCAUCUUCCGCAAGCGCAGGAGGGUGGUUGAGGUCACUGCCAACGCUUCUGCUGCCACGCCUCCACCUGAUUCUCGUGCUGCUGCUGCGGCUGAUAGUGCUGCUGCUGCCGAUGAUGCUGACGGGGUUACUGUAGGUGCCGCAAAGGGCGGGGAGGAGCGGGGGGAGAAGGGAAAAGAGGGUGGAAGAGAGGCGGAGGGAGUGUUGGAAUCGGGCAGGGUGCUGGCUCUGCUGAGGGAGCAGCCAGAAGGGCUGGGCAGUGCACAUCGCAGAGCAGGGUCAACGGGUGCAGAGGAGGCCCCCACUGCAGGUGGGGCUGGAGAAGGCGGUGUCGCUAAGGGGAGUGAUACAUGCGAUGUUGACAGUGACGGGCGUGAUAAGGGCGGGCUGCUUCUGCGGAUGGGCAAUGGUGCUGAUAGUAAGGAUGGUGGCGGCGAGAAUGAGAAGGGGAGUGAGAGUGGUGUUAAGGUCGGGAAUGAGAAAGGGAGGGGCGGCGAGGGGCUGCGGCGUGAGAAAUCGGGCGAAUGGGGCCUGGAUGGCGAGAGCAGCCCGCAGAGGAGUGUGAAGUGUGAACGCCCCGCGUGCAGGCGGGCAGCUGUGAAGGAUGGCCGUGCAACCGACCUGGGGGACAAGGAGGAGCAGAAGGAGGAGGAGGAGGAAGUGGAAGUGAAGGAAAGGGAGGGAAAGCAGGAGGGACCGGGAAAGGAGCAGGAGGAGGAAGAGGAGGAAGCGCAGGAGGAGGAAGAGGAGGAAGAGGAGGAUCCGGCUGAUUUCGCUCUGCCUGCAGCUGCCAUUGACGGUGAGGAUGGAGAGGGGGGCGUUCACUGCGGGCCGGUGACGUGGACGCUGACACGUGGCAAGAGCGUGAGCCCCGAGGGCAAGAAGCGCGCGCGAGAGGGCGAGGAGGAUGGGGUGCAGGCAGGGGCGAGGGGAGGAGGCGGCAUGGGAGGAGCAAGGCCGGAAGGGAGAGUGUCUCCGAGGAAGCAGCUGAAGCUGGAUGGGGAAGUUGCGACGGUGGCUGCUUCUGCUGGCGCUGCUGGCGCUUCUGGUGCUGGCAAUGGGGCCCUGCCCCUGAGCCGUGUGCUGCACUUGGAGCUGGAUGCGGCUGCUGACACCCACAUGCAUGACGCCAUGCAUGGCAACAAACCCAGUCAUGAGCUCACCACGCCGCACUCAAAGAAGCACGAGCAGCAGGGUGCAUCCUUGAGCAAGCCGCUCUCCUCGUCCUCCACCCUCCCAUCCCCCCCGCUCUGUGUUUCUGCCUCGUCCACUCGAGACGCCUCGUCCCCAUCAUCCCGCGCGCCCGUGCCCUCCACAGACACCACCUCUACCGACUCUCCUGCUGCCACUGCGCCUGCGCAUGCUGAUGCUCCUCAGCCCACAUCUGCACCUGCUGCCCCUGCUGCUGCUACAGCAGCACCACCACCAUUACCAGCGUCACUAGCAGCUGGUGCCGGGACAACAGUGGGAGUGGUGGAGCGAUCGCGUCUGGGUACAGUUCCUGUGGUGGCCUCCCCUAGAGUGGGUCCGCUGCGGUCAGGAGUGGUGGAGAAUGGUGAGAAGGUGGGGGCAACGGAGGAGGGGAGUGCAGACGGGGAGAAGGAGCGGCAAGAGAGCAAGUGUGUGCAGGGCACUGGUGCCAGCGGUGCAGACAGCAAGCCGUGUGACUCUUCUGACACUGCUGUAGCUGCUGCAGUGAAGGUUGGGACCAAGGCAGGCAGCACCACAGCAGCAGGCUCACACAAGGGUCCCGCCCUGAAGGCACAGACGAGGAGGCUCAUCCGCAAGGUGCUGCCUGGGGGAGGCGUUGACUGGCAGGUGGCGGCUGUGGGGCCUGGGCUCGCCAGCCUCAGGGGCAUCCUGCAGGCUGCCUCCGGUGCACCACCGCCCCUCACAGGAGCCCUGCCCUCGCACAUACGCACUGGCACUGCUGGGGGCACCGGGGCAGCAGCAGCAGGAACAGCAACAGCAGUGGCGGUCCCUGCAGGGCCUUUUGGAUCCGGGCGCCUGCUGUCCUCUGCAGCAGCUGCAGCAGCAGCUGAGGCUCGGCCCGCACCAAGGGAGCUUUGCUCGCCGAAGCUGGCAGGUUCAGGUGCGAGCGUGAGCUACUCAGGGUGCUACAGCAGCUGCAGCGGCAGCCAGUCGUGCAUGAGCGGGGCACUGUCCCCCUCAGUGACACCAGCGACCUCCCCUCCUGCGGCAGCACUGAUGGCCGCCACGAGCACCAUGGCCUCUGCCACUGUCACCUCUGCUGCUGCUGCUGCACCCCCUCCGCCCCUGCAGAUGCCCUCACCUGCGCAGCCCCAGCUGCCCCUUGUUCAUGGGAAGGGAAGCAGCAGGGCCGGUAGUGCGAGGGUGGCCCUGACUGCUGCUGGUAGCAGUGGCGGUGGCACUGCUGCUGGUUCUGCUGCCAGUGGUGCUGAGUGUGCGUCUGCAGAGGCUGGUGAUGCGGCAGUAGCAGAGGUUGGUGAGACCAUGGCUGAGGGGGGCUCACGUUCUGCCCAUGGCCACACUGCUGCUUCUGCAGCACCUGAUGCGACACCUGGUGCAUGUGAGGUUGACCCGCUUGAGUGUGCUGAGGCAGUGAGUGACGUGGACGCAGCAGUGGCAGCAGAAGGCAAGCCAUGCACGGCACUGCCAUCACCACAAGCGCCACAGCACAAGGCACCAGCAACACACAACGCCUCCACGUCUCCUCCUCGCCCGCUGAAGCGCCCCUUCUCUGCUGCUGACAAUGCCGACCCACCAGCUGAUUCCAGUGCUGCUGCUUGUGGCUCUGCAGGCGCUGCUGCUGGUGCUGCUGAGGGUGGCGCCGGUGGUGGUGGAGCGAAUGGCGGAGAGGCAGGCUCAACAGCGGGGGGAGGAGGAGAGGAGGGUUCAGAGAGGAAGGUGAGGCGGGUGCGACCGCCGCUGCACCGGUGCGUGGGCAAGCCACAGCAGCAGGCACAGGUGCAGGGGGAGGGAGAGGGCGAGGGUGGAGAGGCGGAGGGAGAGGCAGCAGGCGGUUGUGCUGGUGUGUUGUCCCCACCCCCUCUCAAGCGCGUGGCAGCAGUGCGAGCAGCAGCAGCAGGGGAGGGGCAGGGGAACAGCUUGGGCCGAGCAGAGGCAGGAGGGGGUAAUGGAGGAUCUACUUUGGUGGGAGGGGGUGAGGGGGCAGUAGGGUCGGAGGGGCAGUGGGUGUUGCAGGAGGUGGGAGUGGAGGGGUCGCUCUUCUCCCCAACGCCCUCACGUGCGGGUAUGGCGGGCGUGGCGUCAUCACUCGCCUCACCCAUGUCGCCCUUCACCGCUCGCUGGCUCUCGGUACGUUGCUCCCCUGCUCAACCCCUCUGCUUCGCACUCAUUUCCUCCCUUUCCCUGCCUCCCUUUACUCUCCUGCAUCUACUAUCCCUCCCAUACUGCUACCACGCUGUCCUCCACUGCCCUUGCCUUGUGCCUGGCCCACCGCCCUUAUCUCAUCCAUCUUGCCUGUCCCACUGCUCUCCCCGCCCCUGCCUUCUCCCCCGCUCCUUCCAGCCUGUGAGGCCGCAGGCACUGGCAUCGCUUGACGUCUUCCGCUGCAGCACGCCCGCGUCGAUGCGCAAGGCGGGCUUUGCUCGCUCCCAUGCGCACUCUCACGCAAACACACACGCGCCCAUGGUGGAUGGUGACGCUGCUGACUGUGACCUGGCAGCGGGCACUGGGCUCAGCAAGACCACGUGGGGCGAGCCCAUCAGCCCUGCCAGCUACCUGCUGCGCGAGUACCGAUGA